AUGGGCAAUUUAAGAAUCAGCAUAUUUCCAAAUGACUUUCUAAAUGGUUCGUUUUUAUUUGGUAAUACUCCAAAAUUAAUGAAAAGGAAUUGGAAAUCCGUCGUUGCUAUUAAUUUUGUCAUGAGUAACGCUGAUGGAAAAUGA